AAUGAUUUAUGAAGUCUCUGUUCUAUUAAUUGAAUGUUUAAUAAAAAAAUAUGAUAUAUCUGAUUUGGAUAGAAGUGAAAAAACAUCUAAACUCAAUACAACAUUUAUCAAGCUGUUUCCCGCAUGUAGAUAUUCAGCUUCUGUAAAAAUUGAUUUUAUAUCUCCAAUAGUCAAUGAACCGAGAACUAUUGAAUUUCGAACUGCAGCUCUUCCAUUUCCUGUACCAUCCGCAGCGGAUGAUUUUCGAAUUUUAAAAGAUAAUUCAAUAAAGUUUUCUAUACGUAACAUAAAAAUAAAUGACGAUAUAAUAAGUUCAAGGCUCUUCAUAGUUGUAGAACCAUUUACUUCUUCAAAGAAGAAUAAAAAGCAAACUGACCUAUAUGAUAGCACGUAUACUAGGCAAAAUUCUAUUGCUGAUCGUACUAAAAUCAUAGUAUCUGGUAAUAAUUCAAAAAUUCCAAGCUUUAUUUAUCGGAAAUUGAGAGGAUAUGAUCCAGCUAAUCCAAUAAAACCUUAUGUUGUAUUUGAAUUGAAGCUUAAACAAUCUAUGAAUAAUUUAACUUUUCAUAUUGGCCGUAAUAUUUCAAAUAAAUAUUACUACGAUCCUCCACUUUCCAAAGAUUAUCCUUAUACAAUUUGGGUUGCAAUUGUAAGAAAGGCUUAUGAAUUAGAUACUAUCACUAUAAAAGAUAUAAUACCAAAGUUAUCAUUGAGCAACUCUGGAUCGACAGCUGGAUAUAUUGUUGGAAUUUGUUUAUCUGUUAUUAUAGCCAUUCUGUUUAUAUCUCUUUUUAUAAAGUUCAUAAUGAAAUCGUAUACUAGGAAAUUUCAAAGACUCUUUUCCAAAAUGACCUUGGACGGUGAACAAAGUUUGGAAAAGACUAUAACAAACUAUUUAAAGACUCCACUCUCAACUAUCUGGUAUCAUAAGCCUAGAGCUGGUCCAGGGACUCGUCCCAUUUUUAGAUUACCUUCAAGGCGCCUUCAAGUGUACUCGUUAAAAGACUUUUAUAAGAUAGAAAGGAACGGAAAAAUACUUUCCGAUUAUUUUCGAUUGCCAACGAUAACGACUGAACAUAUCCAGUUCACGGCUGGUCGUUUAUCAUCAAAUUUGGAUCUCAACCAGUCGAGAAUGUCUGUUCCAUUUGAUGAUAAUCGUUAUCUACCAACUGAUUCUUUAGAAACAAGUAAAGAAUAUUAUAUAAAUGCUAGUAUUAUAUCAGCUCCGGAAGGGAUCGAAUCGCUAAAGCCCUUUGAUAAAGCAAUGAUUGCUACUCAAUAUCCCUUAAAAAAUACCAUUACUGAUUUUUGGCUCCUAGUUUGGUCGAGUAAAACCAAAAAUAUAAUUCUUCUCAUGGCAAUGGACGAGGAGUUUUGUGAUUUUGAUAGAUAUUGGCCGAUUGACGGGGGCUAUAUGAUAUUCAAAGAUUUAAAAGUCACUCUAAAACGAGAGAUAAGACGAAACUUCUUUACUGUUAGAGAAUUCCGACUUACUAACGGAUGUGAAUCAAGAAAGAUAACACAAUAUCAAUAUGCAAGCUGGACAAUGGAUAAUAAACCUAGUGAUAUGCUCUCCUUUAUUUCAUUUACAAGGGUAAUAGAUGACACUACACAACCGAACGAUACUUCAAUUAUACAAGAUAAAGAGGGAGGGAGUAGGUGUGGUUUAUACAUUGCAUGUCGUCUGAGUUUUUUUCAAGCAAAGAUUUCUAAGAAAGUUGAUAUCCUUAAAAUAUGCUCUCAUCUAAGUGUUGAAAGAGUUAAUAUUAUAGGGAAUGGCAAUCAAAUGGGUUUUAUUUAUUGGUUUGUUAUUGAAAGGGUCAGUCUGACUGAUCAUGUUAUAAGAAUAGAUUCAGAAUUACAAUUGUCGAAUAGUUAUCAGCAAUUGCAUGAAGAAUAUUAUUCUUUGUCUGCAUUACUCCCUGAGAACUGUUCACCCAGACAAAACACGGGAAUACUAAACUAUUUUGACUUAGAUUCUUACUCAAUGAAAAAUAGAUUUUUAAUAAUUAACACACCUACCACAACAAUACAAAUAGCAUACUUUUGGAGUGUUAUCUUCGACUCAAACGUUUCAACGAUAAUAAAUUUAGACAAAACGACUUCUGGUACUUUGUGUAACUAUUGGCCUCAGGAAAAUAAACAAGUAACUUACGGAGAAUUUAAAAUUGUAUUUAUAGAUUAUACGAAAUUAGGGAAUAGAGUUGCUUUAAGACAAAUAUCCAUUACAAAAUUCAAUUUGCAAAAAUCAACAAGGAAAGCAAAAACUCGUAAGAUGUAUAUAUUUCAUACAAUUGAUUGGCCCAAGGAUAGUUCUUUGUUUAACAACGACGAAUCAGUAGCUAUUUUGCAGCAUUUAAUGAUACAUCACUCGCGUUUUGCACCUGCUAAUAGAAUACUAUUACACACAAAUGAUAGAAAAUCGACAGCUUUUUCAGUUGUAGCUUUGUAUUAUAUGAUGGAGAUGGCCUUGAUUGAAGAAUGGAUUGAUAUAUUUCAUGUCGUACGCUUUUUCAAUGCAUCAUCAUUAGUUGUCGCGUCUUAUCCUAUUGUUAAAGUAAGAUAGAUUUCAAUUGCAUAAACACAUAUACCUUUAUUUCUUUUUACACAUCAAGUCUCCAGCAAACUACUUAGCAAUAUACGAAUUUAGUAAGAAAUAUAUUAAAUCUAUAGUCGCUUUAACAUCAGAUUUUAAUUUGGAUUCGAGAACUAGCUCAACAACUUAACUUCUGACAAUUGUCUUUUAUACUGUUCUUCUAUAGAUUCCCAUAUGUAGUGAGAUAAUCGUUAUUAUGAAAUUAUUUAAAUGGAGGAUCAAUAGUUUUAGAAAACUACUUCAGCAGAUUUUUAAGAGCAAUUACAGAAUUGAC